CGAACAUCAGGCCACGAACAUUGAUAGUCAACUCACAUUGCCAGUGAUAUGGACAUCUCUGAAGCACGUUGAGUCCUGAGUCUGACAAAUUCCUGUCUUCUGCGUUGCAGUGGGCCUUUGAGUUUUACGCGGAAAGGACCGGCGUGUCAGAAGCGGCCCGAAAGCGGUCCCAUUCGUCCAUUUCCACAGUCAAGGCCCAGAAGGAUCAAACUAGCAGGAUACUUAGCGUUGGAUAUCGCUGCUCCAAGGCGUCACUGGCGUUCUUCUGCUCAUCCCCACUCGACCGGGAUUUGGUCCAGAAAGGGAAGUCGUCCCCCUCUGCGUGUCCCAUCUGGUCUGGAACGGAUCAUCUGGAGGGGUUGCAGAACCUCGGUCGUGUCCAUGGAGGGGUGGCUAGGUGACAGGUCUCUUAUCUAUAUGACGAGUUACAUUUUGAUGCUCCUCGUCCAUCCGCUGUGGUAUUGAAACCACAAAUCCAAAAACAUGGCAGCAACAAAGACCAUCCAGGUGCCCCAUCUGGGCGGCAUCACCGCCGGUUAUGCCCUGUCCAACGACCGUUACGACCCCGCCAAGCCGACAUGCGUCCUGAUCAACUCGAUGUGUACGACUGUGUCCCUCUACCGCGACCAGUUCAGCGAUGUCGCCCUCACAGACGCCAUGAACCUACUGGCCAUCGAGCCCCUGGGCCACGGCUCGACCAGCUGCCCGACGGAACACUUUACAUACUGGGAUUCGGCGUUGAUGGCGCUGCAGGUGAUGGAUAAACUCGGCAUUGACAAGGCCUUUGCUCUGGGAACCAGCCAGGGAGGAUGGAUCGUGACGCGCAUGGCCUUGUUGGCUCCUGACCGGAUCCUCGGCCUGAUGCCAUUGGGCACAUCGAUGGAUUACGAAUCGGCCGACUCUCGAUCGAAAGGGUGCUGGGAUCCCGUUCCCGCACUCCGGCCCUUCUACGAGAAUUGGACCAGCGCUGUCCCGACUCCGGAUUUCCUGGUCGAUGAUGUCUGGUGUGGCAUGGUCGGCGGCAUUGGGUUCGGCGCCAGUGCUUCAGAGGAGUUGAGUAUGUUCUGGACCAAGACCUUAAAGGAGGUCUACAAGGGAGACGAAGGCCGAAAGAAGGUCCGCAUGGCGGUGAUUUGCCUGCUAUCGCGCGAUGGACUGUUGCUGAGACUGGGUGAUAUCAAGUGCCCCGUGUACUGGUUACAGGGCACCGAGGAUACUCCAUUCGGCAAAAUAGUGCCAGCAGAACAGAUCAAACUGUUCACCUCGUCCCCAGAGGCCAAACUGGUCAUGAUCGAGGGAGGAGCUCAUUACCUAAAUGCCACCAAUCCAAAGGAGGUGAAUGCUGCGCUAUUGGACAUGGUGAACAAGUAUAAGUGAUAGCCGUAAAUAGGAUUUCGAUAGAUGAUAACCAUGCAUUUCUAAUCUUCCACUUGC